AUGGCCGGUAGCCAAGGCCUAGCUAAGGAGGGUGGAGGUGAUGAGACCGACAAUGGUGAGGGAUCUGUGAGGGAGGUGACUGAGAAUGUGCCUCCAAAUCAAGCUGCCACUACUGAUGGUGUCGCUCCAAGAAGAUCAUAUACAAGGGCUGUGGGGAAUGCCUCAUGGCCAGCGAUGGACUCUCUCCCAGAACCAAUCCAAGCAGCUGUACCUUACUUGCCCACAGGCUUAAAGGGUUGCACGUUUGGAAAGAUCAUCCUUAAUUUCCACUUCAAGGCAAGUUUAAAAGGUACUCACAAGCAAGCUUCAACUCCAUUAAUACCAGAGGGAGAUUCCUUCAUUCUUUGUCUUAGUAUUAAUCAUUAUUCACUUCCAAAGAAGAAGAAGAUGAAGGUCUUGGCAAUGGCAACAGUUGCAUUCAAGCUUAGCUUAUUAGUAGUUUUACUGAACUACACUUGUUUGUGUUAUGGUUCUAGUCCUAGACUGCAGAUAGGUUACUACAAGGGGAAGUGCCCCAACAAUACAGAUGUGGAGAAGAUCAUCAAAAAUUCUAUACGGGCACAAUUUAGGAGGAACUUUGCAGUUGUCCCCCAACUCCUCCGAUUGCAAUUCCAUGAUUGUGCUGUUAGGGGAUGUGAUGCAUCAAUAUUCCUAGAUGGUGAUACAACUGAGAAGAAAGCACCUCCGAACUUAACUGUGAAAGGUUUUGAUAUCAUCGAUAAAGCUAAAUCCGCUUUAGAAGAACACUGCCCUGGCGUUGUCUCUUGUGCUGAUAUCCUUAUCAUGGCUGCUAGAGAAGCUGUGGUCUUGGGUGGAGGACGGUACUUCAAUGUAAUGACAGGGAGAAGGGAUGGCCUAUCUUCAAUCUUAAGCGAAGCUGCAAAUCUUCUACCUCCUGCUGGAAUUUCAGUAGAUGAUUCAAUCACAUUAUUUGCAAAUCUAGGAAUCAAUGUUCAAGACAUGGUUACUCUCAUUGGUUCUCACACAGUAGGGUUUGCGCAUUGUUCUGCCUUCAAAGAUCGUCUCUUCAAUUUCAAAAACACAGGAAAAGCCGAUCCAACCAUGAAUCAUGUUCUACUUAAUUCACUAAAGCAUAUGUGUCCCAAGAACUCAACAAAAGACUUUAUCGUUAAUCUGGAUCGGAAUACUCGAAGUGUGAUCAGUGUUGACAACUCUUUCUUCAAGGAGAUUCAGCAAAAGAAAGGAGUUCUAGGAAUAGAUCAAGAGAUAGAUCUGGAUAUUCGAACUAGUGGAAUGGUGCAGAAGCUAGCCAGUAAUAAUACUUUCUUCAAUGAACAAUUUGCUGUUGCUCUUGUCAAAUUGGGAGCUGUAAAUGUUCUUUUAGAACCUCUGGGAGAGAUUAGGAAAUCAUGUCGAUCCAUUAAUUAA